GUGGUCUGAACUUCAUUGAUUUGAUGGUCCGACAAGGAAACAUUGACAAUCCUCCGAAAACACCGCUGGUCCCUGGUUUUGAGCUAUCUGGAAUAAUUGAGGCUCUUGGAGCCAAUGUUACUGGCUUUGAGAUUGGGGACAGAGUUAUGGCCUUUGUCAACUACAACGCAUGGGCAGAAGUGGCCUGCACCCCUGCAGAGUUUGUCUAUAAGAUCCCAGAUGGUAUGAGCUUCUCAGAAGCAGCUGCCUUCCCUAUGAACUUUGUCACAGCCUACAUGAUGUUGUUUGAAGUGGCCAAUCUCAGGGAAGGGAUGUCAGUCCUUGUCCAUUCUGCUGGUGGAGGAGUGGGGCAAGCGGUGGCUCAGCUCUGUUCAACCGUUCCCAAACGUCACAGUUUUUGGAACUGCUUCCGCUUUUAAACACGAGGCCAUUAAAAACUCCAUCAAUCAUCUCUUUGACAGAAACGCAGAUUAUGUGCAGGAGGUAAAAAGAAUCUCACCAGAGGGUGUAGACAUCGUUCUUGACUGCUUAUGUGGGGAAAACACUGGAAAAGGCAUCAGCCUUCUGAAGCCACUGGGAACAUAUAUUUUAUAUGGCUCAUCCAAUAUGGUUACUGGUGAAACAAAAAGCUUCUUCAGCUUUGCUAAAUCAUGGUGGCAGGUGGAAAAAGUCAAUCCCAUCAAGUUAUAUGAAGAGAAUAAAGUGAUGGCAGGCUUCUCUCUUCUGAAUUUACUCUUCAAACAAGGACGAGCUGGAAUUAUUCGAGGAGUAGUAGAUAAACUCCUGACCUUGUUUAAUGAGAAGAAGAUCAAGCCCCUGGUGGAUUCAUUAUGGGCCUUGGAAGAAGUUAAGGAGGCGAUGCAAAGAAUUCAUGACAGAGGCAACAUUGGGAAACUAAUUUUAGAUGUGGAAAAGGCUCCAACUCCUCUGAUGGCCAAUGACAGUACCGAAAACAGUGAGGCAGGAGAGGAAGAAGAAGACCAUGAAGGGGACACUGAAAAUAAGGAGAGGAUGCCUUUCAUUCAGUGA